AAGGCCAAAUUCUCCACCAUGUCCACCUCACCACCCCCCGAGGAGCGCGCAAAGGCCGACGCCGACGCCCGCGCAAAAGAACAGGCCGAGCAGGCCGCUCUGCCCUACAAGUGGGACCAGACAAUCAAGGACCUCGACAUCACCAUUACCAUCGAUGCAAAGUACAAGGGCAAAGACUUGGACAUCAAGAUUAGUCGCAAUGCCCUCAAGGCCGGCAUCAAGGGCCAGGAGCCUUUUAUCCAUGGCGAGCUGCCCCACGCUAUCCGUGUCGACGAGUCCACCUGGACACUGACUUCCACCGGCUCCCAGAAGGAAAUCGCCAUCCACCUCGACAAGGUCAACCAGAUGGAGUGGUGGGCCCAUGUAGUCACCACGGCGCCCAAGAUCGACACCUCCAAGAUACAGCCCGAGAACAGCAAGCUAGGCGACCUUGACGGAGAGACACGCGGCAUGGUAGAGAAAAUGAUGUUCGAUCAAAGGAUGAAGGAACAGGGUAAGCCCACCAGCGACGAGCAGAAGAAGGCAGAAAUUCUAGAAAAGUUCAAGAAGGAGCACCCUGAGAUGGACUUUUCCAACGCCAAGUUGGGUUGAUAAAGCAUAGGAUGUGGUUGAAAUUAUGCGAAUAUGAGUGAAUGAAAAAGAAAUGC